CACUGAGUGUCACUGUCACUGGGUAUCGCUGCGCUGUCGCUUGGUCGCUGAUACAAAACAUAAACGCAAUAUUUUUGUUUGAAAAAAGCUAAAUAAAACUAACAAAUUCAUAUUUACAGCGCAAUAUUUCCUAUCUCUGAUAAUAAUGAAACCUACGGUUGCUGCUGACGAAAUGUUUCCAGAGGGCGUUGGCCCAUACAUGGAUUUAGAAGAAGCAGGUGGACCUUCGAAUCUCUUGAUGGAUCUAGCUGCUAAUGAAAAAGCUGUCCAUGCUGACUUUUUUAAUGAUUUCGAAGACUUAUUUGACGAUGAAGACUUAAAGUGAGGAGAUGACACGACAAUAUUAUUAUUUAUUCAUAAAUCUAUUAGCAAUAAAUCCAUUUCUAUAAAUGUAA